CCACCGGGGUGCCAGUGACUGGGCUGCUGAGGCGAAAGGAGUGGGAUUGGUCUACAGUGGUCAACCUCCAGAGCGACCCCCCUUCAUCCUCUCUCCCAGCCCAGUGAGGGUGCACGCCACCGAGGCACACACACCAUGACCACGGGGCGUACGCCAGCCGAGACCAGGCUAGACCUGGAGGACAUAGAGGAGCAGGAGGAGACCCCUCUGUGGGUCCCACCCCUGGGGAUCCCUCCAGGCAGACACACUGCAGAGGGACUACUGGAGGAAGUAGUGGAGGUAGAGGCAGAGGAACCAGCCCAGGAGGAGGACUCCACCCACAGUGACACCAGGCUUCUGGUCAAGGACAGGGACCCAAGGGGAGUCAACAAGUGUCUAAAGACUGUGUCUCCUGAGGUGACCUUUGAGGACGUGAUAGCAGAGCCCCCCUCGGUGCGGAGCUUCGAUAAGGUGUGGCUGUGGAGCCACGCCCUAUUUGAGGUGUCCCGUCUCUGGUGCUACCGGCUCAUCUCCCUCCUCCUGGCCGUGCCCAUCUCUCUGGUGGCAGGGAUCCUCUUCGCUGUCCUCAGCUGCCUGCAUAUCUGGCUGAUCAUGCCCUGUAUGCAGCUCUUCCUGAUCAACAUGCACUGGGUUCAGACUGUGUGGGGCAGUGUAUUGGACAUCGCCAUCGCCCCGUUCUUUAAGAGUAUGGGGAUGUGCUGCGGUAGCAUCAACGUCCGACUGGCAAGGGACUGAUGUUGGGCUCUGCCACCUUCUAUGGGAGUGUGGAGGAAGUGGGCUGGGUUGGGUUGACGCACACUACAUAUGAAGUGGUCGUUUGCAAUCAUGUCUCAAUCUCAAAUAAAAAUGAUGUUGCUGCCUUCUACUCUGCAAAGAACAAAUUGAAAAAAGUAGAACUUGUAAUUUUUUUGUAAAUAUAUUAAAUUAAAUUACAUGAAUUAGACAGUA